GUGACGCCACAAUCAGCUGUUUGGACGUUCUAAUUUCUGAUCUGGUCUGAGAUCAGCAGCAAUAAGAGAAAAUAAUAAUAAUCACCCUGAAGCCAGUGGAGGGAGGGUCCGGCCGCAACUGCAGCCGCCGCCAACAGCUUGCAAUGGUGCAUAUCUUCUGAGAAGAACAGACACACCACCACCUCCUGCAUCUUUUUUUUAAUUUCCAUUUAUAAUAUUGUUGUUGAUUUUAAUUAAAACUACCUCACAGACUGCCUGAAGCUGGUGCUUUACGAUAUUUUAAAAAUCUUGUGGGUUUCUUGCGGUGUUGUUUACAAAAUAAUUGCUGACAUUAAAGGCAAGGCCUUUGCACUGAAGCCAAGUGAAGAACCUCAUGAUUGCACUAUACAUAACUCGACUCAGCUAAGCUUUCGCUAGGAAGGAAGGGGUUCCUGCCCUUCGGAAGGACUCGCCCGCCCAGACAGGACUCUCAAGCGUCACUCUCCCACCCGGCACCACCAGCAACGUCCAUCUCCGUGCUCCGAGGCAGGCACUUGACGCUGGGUUUUCCCUCUCUCUUCCCAUCAAAGCUCACCUUGGAAACCAUUCCCCAGCCAUGUUCCAACGCCUCACCAGCCUCUUCUUCAGUGACAGCAGCACACCCGAGGGCCUGGAGGAACCCAAACCCUUUGUCUCUGAGGAGGAGGAAGAAGAUGGAUGGCUCAUUAUUGACCUUCCAGAUAGUUACACUUCAGCCCCAAGCAAAGAGCAGCGGGUAGGUGAGAGGGAUUCCGUUUGCACUUUCCAGUCCUGUCCUGGGUCCCCCACACCUACCACUUCGUCGCCCCACUCACUCAGUGACUGUGUCAGCAGGCCUGUGCCCUCCCAGCCCGACCCCUGCUUGAUGGACGAGAGUUGGUUUGUCACCCCUCCCCCCUGUUUUACUGCAGAAGGCCCCGGCCCCGUCAGGUUGGAGAGCAGUCCUAUGGAAGACCUCUUGAUUGAACACCCCAGCAUGUCCGUCUACGUCACCAGCAACAGCAUUGUGGUGGAAAGGGAGAGCCCUGACGAACCGAUCAGUGAAGGGGACGUGCCUGAACCCCGGCUGGAGCGCCGCACCCCGCACCACCCCACCUCCCUCACGGCAAAAGCUGCCAUCUUGGAGAAAGUCAGCCAGGUCCGUCGGAUCCAGCGGGCAAAGCAGCUGGCGGAGAAGCACAAGCUCAGUCAGAAGGUCAUGCAGCGGCAGAACCGUGCCAGAGAGCGCCACCCCCGGUGGGCCAAACACCAGGGCAGCUUUGUCUACCAACCAUGCCAGCGCCAUUACAACUACUAAGCUACUUCAGGAAGUGUGCACCGUGGGGCAUUACCCUUUUAACUCUCAAGCUUCACCUCCCAUCUCGCGAUGCUUUCUCCAGCGGAGGUGUCUUCAUCCUUUCUCUGGAAUAAACCUAUCCUCAUGAGAGACGCGUUUCAAUUUCUUCUGAACUGGUGAUGCUCCACCGCGGAUCCUUGCUGGGCUCUCCUUCGGUUUCACUCCCCUUUUUACACUAGUGUGUACAUUUACUUACCUAUUAUUUUUUUCCUUCUCCACUUCAAUACCUUGCCCUCCUCUCCUCCCCACCACUGCAGCUUUUGCUUUGGCGCUGAGCAGGAGAGAAAGGCGGCACGUCACCCUCACAUAACCUAACGAUGGGGGGGGACAGCUUUUAAAUGCCAAGAAAUGGUUUAAAAGAAUCAGUGCUAAAGUGUCUGGAAAAACUUGUGUCAGUUACCCUCAGAAAAACGAUUCCUAAUGAGAGGUAUUUCCCCAGCUCCCUGCCUCCCUCCUCAGUACUUGAGUAGGUUCUUCCAGCUGCUCUUGCAACGCUUACCAGUAUUUGAAUUCGAAUUUGGUGUUCCCAAUGAAUGCUCUACUUUUCACUAAACUUAACACCAAUGUUACGCUGAAUUUAUGGGAAGGUGAAGAUGCCCCGUCAUUUCCUUUGUCCCUUACCGUUGUAUUGGGAGCCUGUGACAUCAGUGCCUUUCUUUAUGACAUCACACUCUUCUCCACGGAACAGAUUGUGAUGUCACAAAUGGAGAUACCAGGUUCAAGUGCAAACUGGAAUGAAACAACAAAAUUGGCCCAAAUUCCAGGAAUAUGUAACAAUUUAUGUGGAAUAAGGACCAUUCCCCUCUCCCACUUUAAAAACUGGAUUGUAUAUCAGAUCCUGUCUUUGAAUUAACCUGGGAGCUGGGAUUGUGGUGUCACUGAUGGUCCUUACUUGCAUGCUGUUAUUAUCUAGCUGUCUGUUCAGAGGUGCCAUGCUGGAGUAAAAGGAACCCUGCGUGAGCAUCUCCUAACAAAUAUUUAAGACCUGAUUUUUAGAAGUGUUGAGGAUCCACAACUCCAGCUGAAAUCCGUGGCAGCUGCAGCUACUCACUGCACAGGCUUGAUUUCCAGAAGCACUAUUACUGUAGCCCUUAAUUCCCCACAGCCUUUUAAAAAGAGUGCAAAGUCCAUUUUAUUAUUCCGGUGCUUUCAGGUUACAGUCAGGUGUCUUACAAUGUGUUUGGCCCACCCACUCCAAACAGCUUUGCUUAAUGGACAAGUCUCACAGCUCUAAGCAGAUUAUUGUGUGUGGAACACAAGGUAGAGAUCAGGUGGUCUUUAGAAAGGCUGAACAAAUCUGCCUCAUGAAAUGGUCGGGAACAUUCACUAGCUUAAGCAAAAAGUAACAAAAACCAACCCCCCCACAAUGACUUACUUUCAUUUUACAAUGAUGAAGCCCUUAAAAAGCUCUCAUCCAUUGAAAUAAAGAAUUCUCAUCCCAGGCAAUAGGCUGGGCAGAAGUCUGUGGGGGAGGAUUAUCUGAUUGAUUGUAAACACCAUAUUAGAUCUUCAGAGCCAAUGGUUGAGCAAUGAACGAGGAGGCCUACCCACUAGACUGGGUGGUCAUUUCCUCGGUCUGUCCAAAUCACUGGAUUUCUGGCAAAAGGCUCUCCCUGGGCUUUUCUGGUUUUGAUGCCGUGGGGAAGCCAAUGAUCUGUAUGUGUCCAAACAGGUCUUGGUGUUUUUUACUUUCAGUCAAAAUCUGGACCCUUGGAAAACAAACCCACAAAGCAGCAUUGUGUAAAUCCCACCACCUCCACGGAGCUGUUAGAGGAGCCACUCCCAGUGGACGGGUCCAGCCUCAGUGCCAGGGAAGGGCUAGGGGAGAGCAGUCCCACCAUCCAACUCUGAGACAUCCACAGAGCAGCAGCAGGGCCACCACAGCACUAUCAGGCCAAGUUAGUGCAUGGAAAUAAUGGCCUCUGAGUAAACCCCAGCUCCCUUUGUGUCCUCCCUAAGAGGCCCUCUUUGGGCUGACGCAUCUUUCUGACAGAAGAGAACUGGGCAUAACUCCCUCCCUGCAGCUCUCGGAUUGGCCAGAAGGCUUCACUCAAAAGAGACACAAGGCAGCAGUGAAUCCCAAGGGCUCCUAGCAUUGUCAUCUCAGUGCUUCCAGCCCACCAUUCGGAUGAUGAUACUUCUUCAGCAUGAUCCUCAAGCUAAUGCUAGGACAUAACCCAUCACUCAAACCCCCAGGCGUGGCAAUUCUCCUUCACGCUAGUAUAAUGGCCUGUGGUUUGCUGCCCCGUCCAGGGCUCAAGAGGACAGCACAGAAAGGGGCUUGUGCAUUAGUCACAGAGGUGGUAAAGUAUGUUGAAGCUGGUAGCGAAAGGAUGUGAAAUGAGAGGAAGCGAGAGAGAUUGGGGAGAAAAGAAAGGAGGAGAGAGGGGGAGACAAGAAACGAGGAUGGAAACUGGAGCCGUUGAGAAGGUGCAAGCCCAAGGCUGAGAACUGCAUAGCACAGAACUUGUGCCUACUUGGAUGGAAAAAGAUACAAGUCCCCCAAGAAGAGCUAUAUAUGGCAGUGCCCCUAUUCCACAGUUACAGGCAGGGCUAACGCUCACUAGACUGAUAGUCCCUACAGGACUAUAGGGAGUUUCUGAUGGGAAAUAAAGUUCCAGGCGUUCAGCCCAGUUGAGAAAUUUCAUCUCCGAAGUCAGAAUGGGCUAAGAGAGUAACCCCCGGUUAACUGCACUAAAGAUUGUGCCCUGUGACAUGAAUAGCCAUAAUCAUCCUUGGUGGUUUUAAUACUGCUACACCACAGCUGGGUUUGGACCAACAUGUUUAUCCUUAAAAGGAUACUGUCAAGAUUAAAAAAAUCGUACAUUAAUAAUACGAGAUUAGUAAAACCACAAAGCUGUCUGAAAAUCACAUUCCUCCAUUAAUGCUCUUUCUUUACUGCUUGCACUUCACUCCCCGGGGGAACGAAACUAGACUAUCCACUUCCUGUUCACAGGCAGGCUCGCUUUCCAGUGCUCGGCAUUUGCACAAUGCUGUUGAGUUUGAGUUUCCACCAUGCAAGGCCAUGUUGAGCUCCAAAAAUAAACCACUUUCACUGGAAUUUCUUCUAUAAACCGUGAUUCAAACCUUUACCUUCAUAGUAGGUUUUGUGAAAUUGCGUUUUUAAAAAUAAUUGUAAACAGUGGAGAGCCGCUUUUAAAAUGUCUAAUAAUUGAGCUCUUGAGACUUUUGAGAGGCAAUAAACUUACAAUUACCAGCCUCCAGGAAUGGAGGCUAACAGACCUGGUUAGCCCAGAGAGUGGCUAAUAUCAUUGUGCCUGCAGGAUCUAGCUAAAAUGCCGGUGCCAUGGGAGCCUCUAAAAAUAUGGAGACAAAUGGGAUUACUUUAAACAUAUUUUAUAUUUGUUGUUCUUCAGCGUGAUCAACCAUUGUUUGAAGCAGCCCUACUGUCUCUAUCACUCUCCCAGUUUGGCUUUUGUUAAGUUCUGCACACGACUAUUGUUAGUGUCUCCAAACUCAAAGCCCUGCGGCCCUCAUGACACAACUGAACAGAAAGUUCUCACACAGCAUGGAAAUAAAUUCUAACCCGCCUAGAGAAAUAAGAGCAGUGCCUGGCAAAGAUUAAAAACCAGUAACAUCAUCCUGUACUAAUGGAAAGGAUGCUUGAGGCAGCUAUUUCUGAUUGAAUCAUUGGUGACUAUAGUAACGAGAGAUAGCUCCCAACCAAUAUGCUGGACCUGAACACCUCCCCACCCCCAACACACACAAACCUUGUUGACGUUCCAGCUGGCUCAGGGCUCUGUAGCUUGGGCCCCUCUCUAAUAGGGACCUGAUUUUUAGAACCUGAUCCCUGCUUUCAUUGAAGUCAACAGCAAAAUUCCCACAGAGCUAGCUAGGAUCAGCUGUUUGUUCCUCUUUGCUUUUGCACCCUUGUCAGCAACUGGAGAGGCAGCUGAGCUCAUGUGCACAAUCUCUUGGCAAGACGGUUUAACAGCAGUUAAGAGAAAGAGAGAGAAGCCAGUGUUAUUUCCCACGGUCUGGAUGAUCCCCACCCCUGUUGGUUGUUUGAUUCCAGCUCCACAUUGCCUCUACGUGUUGGAGCAGGGAGUAGCGUGAUAGAACUUCAUCUGCUCACUGCUGAAGGUCCUACCAGGUUAAAGAUGGCAACACGUCUAUUAUUUCAUUUGCAGCCAACUCCUUACCGGAGACUGGCAACGUCUUGACUUGAUGGGACGUUUACAGCUGUUCACAUCCUUGGUUUCCUAUUGAAUGCCUUUUUCUCAAGUGAGCCCUGACGCAAGUUGGGACCGGUGCAUUUUACAUGAAUGCCGACUCAAGUUCCUGCAGAGGCGAGGAGGAGCUAUUGCCUCAGCACGUCAAUGUCCAUAGUAGAGUUAAGAAUUUUUUAAGCAGAAGUGUAGGAACAGGGUUAAAUUUUGGAUGCUCAUCAAGUCUCCUCCCCACUGCAUCCCCUGUUCAGUUCUCCUUUCCAUAGGCUGUUUGGUCAAUGUGUUCUGCAGCAUUAGGCUGUUUCAUGCAGAUAAGGUGGCUUUAGAGGGAGAUUUCCUUGCUGGAGCAGCCACCAAUAAAGAGCGGUAUGAGGUCAGUAAUUUUCUGCCUCCCGGCCAGCUCCCACCUGUUACUGUUACACAGUUCUACACCUCCACUUACGACAUGCCUCAGGCACUCUGCAAAUGACAGCGAUGUCACAAAUUUAACAUGCUGAUGUCACCCGGGCCCAGAGCCCAAAGCCCCCAUAACGCUUGUGAUAUUUGGAGCUGACCAUUGUGUCUUGCAGACCAAACAGGUGCCGAAUGGCUGCAAGAGAGAGAGAGAGAGAGAGAGCAAAGCUUCUUAGAAACACAAAUUGCUUUGGGGAAUGCUACUCACCUUGUACACCUUACAAUGCCCGUGUCUGCUAAGCUGUUCGCAAACGUUUCUCCCAGUAAGAGAAGUCCCUCUUUAAAAGCCUCCCACCCUUGCUAAUUGUCCAAGACAGUGAAGCAGAAACUACCCAGUUAGGACUUGAUCCAGCAGCAAUUGAAGUCAAUGGCAAAGCUCUAGUCACCCUCAGUGGUGCCGGCCCAGGCCUUAAGUGCUGUGAAAACAGAGGCGCCGAGUCCAAUAGCCCGACCACUGCCAGUUUCAGUGGUGGUUCAUUUUUAAUGUUUAAAGUUGUUACUUAAGUUCUCUUCUUUUUGGACGGAGAAUGCAAGGAACUUUGCUUGGAUGUCAUCGUUCUGCACAACUGCAUCAUAUUAUCCCCAGUCAGCAGGGGAAGCCAAGCAAAACUACCAUCCCACUUUAUAUUAAAAGAGUUUAGAAAGGGUUAAUCAGUGAUUAAUAAUGUUUUACUGAGCGGUCAAACCAUUGUUAGACAGGUCACUGGGUUACUAUUACCAUGGCUUACAAGCAUCUAAAACACAGACUGUCCUCUCUGUACUGUGUUUAUAGUAUCUAUGAAUCAUGUAUUAACCCUUUACAAGUUGAUUAUAAAUGCACCUGCUAUAAAGUGUGACCAAAUAUCUAAUGCUGGGGCAGAGGUGUGUUCACACUGUGCUUGGAGGUGCCCUGCAAUUUGCCUGUCUUAUAAAAGAGCGAUCACUAGGAGUAUUGGUCUGCUACCAAAUUUCCUGUCCUAGUUCUUUAACGAUCGAGCAGAGCCCCUCAUGCUGAGGUUGGAUGGCUCUCCUUUUAUCUUAAAGCAAACAAAAGGUGCUUAAAACACAGAACCUUUGUGUGCACGUGUGUACAUAUUUUAAAAACCCAGAGUGGAUGUACGGUGUUGGUUUUGCGUUCAGUAUUUCCAGUUGGCGGUUAGUUGUGUGAUUCUCCCAGCUGAAAGGUUAAACAAACCAACCAACCUCUGGCUGGGAGAGUGUUGUUCUGAUCUCCUACUUUAAUGGCUAUGCUGAGUUUUCAGUUUCUUUUUUAUUUGUGUAGGGGAAAUUACAGCAUGGACUCAGGGACAAACACGUGCAUUGGGAUCUUUAAAAGUCCAUAUUUCAGAACCAUUUGAUUCUGAUGCAUUCUUUUAUUUCCUGGGAGGCUGUGGAUAGUAAUCUGUAUGUCCUAAAGGAAUUUGUGAAACCUACUGGGAUGUCUUUUUAUUUUCUUAGCAUGAAUUGCUAGUACUGGCUUCCUUCUGGAGGAGGAAAAGGAUUCGAUUGGCACCAGUGUAACAGAUUUAAAGUUACAAGUGUCCACAUACUAGCUAUGGGGCCACGCAGUGGCACACCCACCUUGCUCAUGUGGGUCCCAGGAAUCACAUGGAAGUUAUUAAAAUGCAAUUUACUCCUCCUCUAGGCCAGUGUUAUUGGAAACAUCUAGCUAGCUAUUUUUAAGCAAUAUAUUUUGAGAGGGCAUCAAAGCCCCCAAGGGUUUGGGGGCAAUGCCAAGAGCUCGGGGGCAGAGGUAACAACGGAUCUGUGCUCCAUACAAGUCACAAACUCUGAGCUAGAUCUUGCUGCCAGCGGAGUCCAUGGGAGCAGGAUGGGGUCAGGCGGGUGCACAAUGGUUUGGAAAAAGUGCGUUGAGAGUAGGGAGGGAGCACUGCGACGGUUGUUCGCUCUCUUAGGAAUAAUGUCAUUUCUGAUUUUUUUUUUUUUUUUUUUUUAAUAUUUAAAAAAAAAGACACUUGGUGGAAAAUAAAGUGCUGGGGGCAUGUCUGUUUAGAAAGUAAGGUUGGUUUGGCUCUUGCUUUCUCAGCGGGCGAGUGCCGAGGACACAGCUGGCAUGGGCAGUGCAAUGGAGUAGGUCCUCUGAUAGGUCUUGCCCAUCUUUAGAGCCCAGGAGCCAGAUCCCUGUGAGGUACUAUCUCCCCCACAUGACCCAGGAGAGCUCUCUCAGCCUGUCAGGCUCUAUGCAAGGGGCGGGGAGGAGCCAGGGGGAUGACUGUCAUUCCCCCUCCAACUGGGUGGAAUGUACAUGGAAAGGGCAAGAUGGCCCCAGGCCAGAUUCUCUCUUCUGCAGAGCUCCUCUCCAGGGGAGCCAGGGCCAGAGCCAGUGUGGAAAUACAGCCUCUGCCUGGCUGAUCCUGGCUGCCCAGAGAUUCUCCCACGAUCAGCCUGGUGUAGAAUCAGAACCCACAUCCUCUGCCAUGCAGCAGUAAAUCCUGCCCUUCUUAGUAGCAGGGGGUGUGGGAAUCUCAACCUCUUCCCCUGCACACCACUGGCCCUACUUUUUUGAAGUGAACAAGAGGUUAGCCGUUGGCUUCAGUUGGGCCCCAGGCAGCCCUUCAGCAUCCAUCAGAAAGCUGGGGAAAUGCGCCCUCCCCCCUCUUUUUGUUUUAAAACAUGAAUGUAGGGCCAAGUCUGAAGCCACAUAUUCUAGCAUUCUGCAUAUAACAUACCUCCGAGGCAGCCCUAGCAAAGUGAUCCUGGUUCAGGGGCUGAAUUCAAAAGCAGGUCACAGCAGCCAUUUCAACCACUUGGUCCUUGGUCACAAACGCACAAGCAGUCCGUGAUGCUAGACUCUGCCUCCUACAUUUUGCCCGUGUUCCAUUUGCAUUUAAAGGGCGGUGAGGAGCGCCUGCUGGGCGACAAGCUGGGUGCCAUGGAAAGCACACCCGCCAGCAGAGCUGUCCUGGAAAUCCAGUACUUCAACACCAGCACCUACAAGUACCACUUCCGCGAGGCAUCCAUGCUGCUGGGAAAGCCCAGCCUUGAGGAAAGUCAAUUCGUUCUAGCAUGGCCCCUUUCUUUUAAUAUUGCAAAGUAUAAGUUUAGGUAUGUAACUCAUCCCAAAGUUCCUCUCUUUAGGACCCUGUUAUUUCUCUUUGUAUAUUUUAAAGUAGUGUAUAGCUGUAUGUGGAGCAGUUUUCUUUUCUCCCCCCCCAACCCCAUGUGGGGAGGAAAUCCAUUAAUGUUUCGUGAAGACCAUGCAAACUCCCCUCAGAUGUAAAAAGGCCAUGUUUGCAAGGGCGCCUGGCUAGGAUAAUUCCCAGCCCAAAUCCCUUGCAUGGACUGGAGCUGAAAUUGGUGGUUUCCAGUUAUGGAAGAGGUGGUUUUUUUAACAAAAGAGGAGGGCAGAUAUUUUUGUUAUUUAAUAAAUAGACAAAUAUGACUGCAGUAAAAAGUGAAGGUUUGGCAAUGGUCACUGAACUGUAGCUAACAAAGCAGUCACUCCCCUUGAUAGUGGUUCUCCACCGUUUCCAUAGUGUAACGCUAUAUUACAACAGAAACAACCUUUGGGACACCUCACCCAUCUAGCUAAUGACACAUACGGCUUGUUGGAGAGCCCCAGGUUAAGCACACAUGAUUUAAAAUAAGAUGGGAGACCAGCAUAUGUCUGGAUGAUGCAUCUACUCCCCAAAGCUCUGAACUUCUUCAGGAAUGCGGCCAUUCUUUCAUGGCAUGGAUACCUAACAGUACAGAGAAUAGUAUGAUGCCAUUGUCUGCACCGAGGGCUCACCGCACGCUGUAGUCAGCUGGUUACUUUCUUUUUAAACAGAUUGAAUUGGAAAAGAGGAGGAGAAGUUAAACUGCUUGAGGUCAAGCGUGUGGAAUUUCUUCUGUAGCCCUAGGGCACCUUCGGAGCCUCUUCUGUAGAUUCUCUGGGCCGCCUCCUCCUUGUCCACCACUUUAACCCCACUGACCUCUCUCUGGCCACUUUGAGUCCCAUGUAGGAUCAAAGUCAGGCCAACCAUAGUCUUUCCUCCUUUAGUUUCAGGUGCUUCCUCUAGGCCAUUCUAGAAGAACCUUUGACUAUUAUGCAGUUUGGUGACAAAAGUGGCUCAUAGGCAGGGCUUGCUUUCACAUCAGGAUUAACUUCCCUUCCAGAACGGGUCAAAGUAAUUCCCCAGUGUGGUCAAAGCUGUUUCCAAAGCUUGAGGGAAGGGGCAGGCAAGGGCAAACUGGUUAUGUUCACCGCUGUCCAUUUCUCCUGCAGCGCAGCUGUUCCUGUGAGCUGUCAGAGAUACAGCCGUUCUGUGAACACCUCCUUGGCCCAGCUCUCAUUCCACUGAACUAUCUGGGAGUUUUGCCAAUGGGAGGGGGAACAGGGAGAUCAGAAGAAAGUCUAUCUAUAAAUAAAAAUGGGGGAGGGGGAAGAAGAGGAGGAAGUUCUCUGGCAUAGUUAGUAAAUCACUUUUGUUUUGUGAACCCUCAUAACCAGAGGAGAUGCUGCUUCCUCGUCUGCUCACCCCCCAAAAGGCAGCCUGGCACUUGCAGCCUGGCAACAGCGGGCAGCUCUCGGAGUGCAGAAGUGAAAGGGUGAUAGCACUCUUGACAAUCAGAAACACAGGGUCAGAUUUUUAAAGGGCCUCACUGUAGCCUCUGGCUUUAUGCCUUGAUGCAGGUGCAAAAAGGCUCUUUCUAAAAACGUUAGAAAUGAAAUUUAAAAAAUAAAUCUCAUUUUCCCCAAAAAGACGGUUAUACAAAAAAGGAACGGCUCCAUCUAGUAUCCAAGCUGAUGCUGACUUAUUCCUUCUUUGUUCAAUAAACACCUGCAGCUUCAAGUUCUGUCCACCCCCCUACCCCCUUUGUUUACAAGGAGGUAGAGGAUGUGGGUUAGUACCUGAUGAAACAUUCAGCCCUUACCAGUCUAAACCCACUUGGGCUGCACCAACUUCCCUAAUAAUAGGUCUGCCUGAUUAGGCUCGGAGAUCUGUCAGGCUCAUUGCUCUAGCUCAGCACCUGCUGCUUCUCCACACUAGCUGCCUGCACCUAGGGGGUUCUUCUGUCAGAGGGAGUCUACGCUAGCCCUCGUCGUUAACAGCCACCACCAGUACCACUGCUCAGCCUUCCCCCAGGGAGACUCAGAUUCUAGAUGAAAGCCUGGCUCCAGUGAAGUCAAUAGCAAAGCCUCCUUUGACUUCAGUGGAGCCAGGGUUUUACCCUUUAUCUCCAGGAUGUGGGAGAUCCUAUUCCUUGUGGGUAGAGGGGAACAAAACACCCUAGUAGCAUGUAACUUGUACAGGGUUCACCUGUAUGAGAAACCCCAAACAUCUUUGCUGUUCCAACUCCUUCUUGCCUAAGAGCGAGCGGGGGAGCAAAGCUGACCAUAAAUACAAACUGUUUUAAACACCCAAUUCUCACUGCAAACAACGUGUAUCUAAUUCACUUCUGUGCUUUCAAAAUCCGGCUUUUACCGCUCCUGAGACAAGGGUACAGCUCACACUGUAACAGCAACACAGUAAUAUUCUUUUCUAUUGUAUCAUAACUGUAUCUGUAAUGUAGCAUUUGAGUGUUGCAAUAUCUUGUGUGUGUGUAUAUAUAUAUCUAUAGAUCUAUUUAUCUAUAGAUAUAUAUAUCUAUCUCAACUCCCACAACUAGGUAUUAUACUCAUAAUACUCUCCUAUAUGCAUUAUACCUCUUCAUAGUGUGUUGACUGUGUAUGUGCCUUUCACCCUUUUGCAUGGUUUGGUAACCAAUUAGGGAACCAUAGUUAAAGUCCUAUGCAAAAAGCGACUGGGAAUUUAAAUUAAAAAAAUAAAUAAAAAGAAAUAUAUCUGCAGCUGUAUGUUAUUUUGAAAAAAAUAGAUCUGGGAUUUUCAAAGGAGCCAACAGAGUUAGGCCCCCAAAUACCCUUUAUUUUGGUACCUAAAUCCCCUAUACACCUUUGGGAACUCUUGCUUAAAAUCAGAUUUCCCACCAGUUUGAGGGUGAAGAUAGAGUAUGAAGAUGACAUGACUACCACCAGCGCUUUGCCAAAACGCACUGUGUAUUAAAAAUCCAUUUUUUCCCCCUUCCAAAGGCUUAUCUAAUGAGAAGGUACUAUUUGGUUUGAAAGGGUUGCCUUAGACCUUCUUAAAAUGAGUUUGAGAACAUUUUCUGGUUUUGCCACCUCCUUUCCCCUCCCUCCACACCACCCCCAACACUCUGACAAGCAGCACAUUUUGAGUGUGUGCGCAUUUGACCUGCUUAGAGCACAACCCAGAUGACCAAGCAGAUUAAACUCCUAGUAGGGUUUUUCCCCCAGCUCUGUUCAGCCGAGAGGGUGAUAGAUUUAGAAUCUAUUGUAUGCCUUACAAUAGCAGGACAACUUUUAAAACAGGGGUUUUGAGAAGACCAAAAAAAAAAAAAAAGCCCCAUUUUCUACAUCAC